AUGUCCAAAAUCCUUGCCGUCUUUGGCGCCACCGGCCAGCAGGGCGCCUCAGUCAUCAACCACGUGCUGAGCGACCCAGAGCUGUCGAAGCAAUACAAGAUCCGCGCCAUCACCCGCGACGUCAACUCGGCCAAGGCGAAGCAGCUCAGCGCCAAGGUCGAAGUCGUCCGCGGCGACAUGGAGGACCGGGCCUCGCUCGAGGCGGCGCUGACCGGCGCCCACACCGUCUUCAUCAUGACGGUCCCCUCCUUCGCCCCCAGCGGCACCGAGGUCGAGUACGAGCAGGCCAAGACUAUGGCCGACGUCGCCGUCGACAAGGGUGCUCAGUACAUUAUUCUCAGCACCCUGCCCUCGCCAUCGCAGAUCUCGGGCGGCAAGUACACCCGGGUCGGCCCCUUCGAGUCCAAGGCCAGGGCCGAGAGGUACAUACGCGGCCUGCCUGUCAAGAGCGCCUUCUUCUCCGGCGGCUACUUCAUGAGCAACUGGGCGCUGCAGCCGUUCCUCGGGCCCAAGAAGGUCGAGGGCGAGGAGGAGACCUGGGUCAUCGGCCGGCCGUUCCCGGGGAGCACGCUGAUGCCUUACUUUGACGUCGAUGCCGACGCCGGCAAGUUCGUCGGUGCUAUCUUGGCCGAGCCGGAUAGACUGGAGGGCAAGGUCAUUUGCGCCGCCCAGGCGCUGUAUCCCAUCGAGGAGUGCGCCGCCAUCAUCUCCAGGGCUACGGGUAAGAACGUCAUUUUCAAGCAGAUCUCGAUAGAGGAAGCCAAGAAGGCCUUUGCCGGACUGCCACCGGUGUUUGAGGACAUCUUUGCGGACGCAUUCCAAUGUCAGGCCGAGUUCGGAUACUGGGGACCAGAGUCUGCGAAGCUGGUAGAGGAGGGGAAGAAACUCGCGCGCGGCCGCCUGACUACACUUGAGGAGUUCUUUCAGAAGCAUCCUCUCGCGCUGCAAGAAUGA